CCUGCAUCGCCUGCGUAGCUCUGGCCUUUCAGGAUGCACGGCGGCUGUGCCGGUACCACAGGGAUGCCAUGCUUGAGCGUGGCCAACGUCCAACUAAUGGAGCGGGAUAUGGGCGUAAUGGCGGGCGAUGAGCGUGAGCCAUCUCAAUAAACGUUUUAACCCUAUAUAUAUAUAUAGAAUUUUAUUCUGAUAUAUUGUCAAAUAACCUUUUGUUUAAUGCAUGUUUCAGGCACGUCAUUUUGGAGACAUAAUGUUUUGGUCCAAGAUUUCCGUUUGAAGAGUUAAUUUUUUUUUUCCCUUUGAUGCUUCAGUUCCAAGCGAUUGGUUUCGCUUGUCUUUUAUUCUUGCUACUCCAAGAAUGAUGUUGCAGAACAAGAGACCCUACCAUGCAAUCCGUCAUGUAAUUUGGUUCUUUACAUGGUACUCCUUCCGUCCCACAAUAUAAGAUAUUCAUAAUAACAUCUUAUAUUAUGAGACAUCUUAUAUCGUGGGACGGGAUGAGUACAUUUUUGUGUGUAUGAACUCCGUUGGUGGUAACUAUCUCAUCAGUCAUCAUUUGCUUUCUCUCGGUUUGCAUAGUGUGCUUGUGCUCUUCCUACUAGGAUUUUUUUUUGUCCAGUCGAUCUUGAACGAGUACCAGUGCCGGGAUGACAACGGAAAAUGCUGCCACAUUCCCCUUUCUAACAGGUGGAAGCGAUAGCUCUUUGGAAGAUGUAGGUUCUGAAGAAAUGAUCGUGGCAACGAUGACUUAUUACCGAAAAGGUUUUCGUCCCGCUUUAUAAAAACAAACCGCCAGAAAGCACACAUACAAGGACUAGUCCACACACACCCAAGUAUCACAACACAGUACAAAGGUUCUGCUGAGGGCACAGCUCAACAAGCCCAAAAAUAAAAAACCAGAAAAAGCCGGAGACACUACUCUUUCAAAAUUUAUCACCGAUCCAUCUACCUGCCUGGCAUGCGCGCAGGAGAAAAGAUCAGAGAAUCCGAUUCUUGAUUCUUUGACGUUGAUACUUGCCACAGAUGCCAAGAUUUCAUCUCCUUCAUAGUAUUCCUCUGAAAAUAUUCCAUACAUGCUUAGGCCUGCCUGUUAUAAUAAAUGAUUUUUUUUUCUGAAGUAGUACGACAGGUAGCCUUUGUUCGAAUCAAACUGUGACCCGAUCUAACAUCAAAAGAAAAAUGAAACACAUUGUGACCCGAUCUAACACCAAGCCAACUUGCCAAAACACUCGUUUUCCCUCAUCUUCCUGUCUCUAACUCAGCCCACACCACCACCAGUAGCCCACUUCCCACCAUGAUCUCCCACAAACUCUGCUGCUACGUCUCCAUCCUCCUCGUCCCCUUCCUUGCACAGGUCGCCUCCGGCGACGUGCUGUGGCAAGAAUGCGACAACAGCCGGAACUACACGGCGAACGGCGCCUUCCAAUCAAACCUAAACCAGCUCUCCUCCACCCUCCCCACCGAAUCAUCCUCAUCUCCCACCCUCUUCGCUACCGCCGCCGUAGGCGCCGUCCCGGACAUCGUGUACGCGCUCUCGCUCUGCCGUGGCGACACCACCAACGCCUCCGCCUGCGGCGACUGCGUUGCCAACGCCUUCCGGGACGCGCAGCAGGUGUGCCCGUACAACAUGGACGUGACCAUCUACUACGACCCCUGCUUCCUCCGCUUCUCCAACCAGAACUUCCUGACUUCCAUCGACAAUACCAAACGGCACAUCAUGCCCAAUGGGGAGAACGUGACGUCGCAGGCCGCAACGUUCGACGCCGCCGUGGGUGUUCUCCUUGCUGCCGUCUCGGACUACGCAGCGCUGAACUCAUCCACGCAGUUUGGCACAGGGGUGGAGGACUUCGACGUGAGCACCCCGAGAAUCUAUGCGCUGGCGCAGUGCACGCCGGACAUGGCACCGGCCGAUUGCCGGAGCUGCCUGGAGGGAAUAGUAAAUGUGAUGCCGAAGCACUUCAGCAGGCGGCAGGGAGGAAGGAUCCUGGGUUUACGGUGCAACUACAGGUUUGAGCUAUAUCCACCAUUCUCGGGCAGUCCGCUUCUACACCUCCCAGCACCGGCCUCGGGCGUGACUCCCUCCGUAGAUGGAGAUGGAGGUGAAAGAAAUAAACCAAGUAUCAUCCUACUGGUCCUAGCAGUUGCACUGGCCGUUGUUUCUGCAGCAUUGACUUUCACUUUAGUUUGCUUUUGUAUCUGGAGGAGGAGAAGACAACAAGAAUUACCGUCACAAUCAUAUUCUGGAAACUGGGAAAGUGUUCCAAACAUCAGUUUAUCCAUGCUUGAUCUGUCAACACUGGAAGUUGCAACGGAGAACUUUUCAGAAGGAAAUAAGCUUGGGGAAGGAGGGUUUGGUGCCGUUUACAAGGGAUCCCUUGCUGAUGGCCAAGAGAUAGCAGUGAAGAGACUCUCACAAGGUUCAGCACAAGGAAUAGCAGAGCUAAAAACUGAGCUGGUUUUGGUUGCUAAGCUUCAGCACAAAAACCUUGUGAGGCUUAUCGGCGUUUGUUUGGAAGAACACGAGAAGCUCGUUAUCUAUGAAUACAUGCCCAACAGAAGCCUUGACACUAUUCUCUUUGAUCCUGAGAGGAGCAAGCAUCUUGAUUGGGGGAAGAGGUUCAAGAUAAUAAAUGGGAUUGCCCGAGGUUUGCAAUACGUUCAUGAAGAUUCUCAGUUGAAAAUAAUCCACAGAGACCUCAAAGCAAGCAAUGUUCUGUUAGACUCAGAUUUGAAUCCGAAGAUUUCAGACUUCGGUUUGGCGAGGCUGUUCGAAGGGGAUCAAUCAAAGGAUGUCACGAAUAGAGUUGUUGGAACGUUCGGAUACAUGGCACCUGAAUAUGUUGUUCGCGGGCACUAUUCGACAAAAUCAGACGUGUUUAGCUUCGGAAUUCUGGUUUUAGAGAUCAUAACAGGAAGAAGAAACUGUGGAUCUUACAACUCCGAGCAAUCCGUUGACCUCUUAAGCCUUAUAUGGGAGCAUUGGACCAAGGGAACGAUAUUGGAGAUAGCUGAUCCGUCCCUUGCAAGCAGAAGCACUGCUCCUGAAGAGGAGAUACUCGCCUACGUUCACAUCGGACUGAUGUGCGUUCAGGAGAGCCCUGCGGAUAGGCCUACGAUGUCAAGGGCGAACGCGAUCCUUAACAGCGACACCGUCUCGCUUCAGGCCCCGUCCAAGCCGGCUUUCUGCAUCCGGGCAAGUACCGCCGGUCCGGAACCACGACACGGCGCCUCGCAAGGCCGUGGCAGGCCGGCGGUGGUUUCAGCCAACGAGGUUUCGCUCACGGAGCUUGUACCGAGAUAAGACAUGUU